AUGAAAGCAGCAAUACAACUUAUUACUACUGCUCUUGCUUCUUACGGUCUUGAAGAAUAAUUCUAUAGCUAGUUAAAAUAUCUUAAUAAAGAUCUAACCAGAUUCCAUAAUGAUCAAGCUCUUAGUGAUAGAGUUAGAUUUUUUUAAGAAGUCUGGAUUGCAGCUAAUGAGAUUGAAUUUUGCAUUUUUCCAGCUGGGUUGCCACAAAUACCAGCAUUCACUAAAGAAUAUCUUGAAACAAUUGGGAUUGAUAUGAGAUAUAGAUAUGUCACAAGCCCUGAAAGAAUGCAAACUGCGUUCAAACAUAUUAAUGCCCCUACAGAAGAUAAGAUUCCGUAUUUAGCUCAUCAUGUUUGGCUAACACAUCCAGAUAAGCCAAAAGAAAUGCUGUCUUAAUCUACUACAAAUUCAAAGGAUGGCUACGAAUUCCAUUUGAAUGUAACUUAGAGAACUUUGAAGCAAUAUAACUUCACAAUAUAUUUGUGGGUGAAUAGAAUUGAUUUAAUGCCUGAGACAAAAAGAUGGGCUGAUGCUUGUGGAGUUAUGAUGAGAGAGAUUAGUGAAUUUUAAGGAAAUUAGCAAUAUCAACCAAUUUUAAAUGAAAUUCAACUCUUGAUUGAAUAAAAACAAUUUGCAGCAGGUGCUGAUAUUGCGAGACUAUUAAUUUUGUAUGCUCAUGGCGGAGUUUACGCUGAUUAGGAUCAUACCAUUCUAGAAUACGAUCCAAUCCUAAACAAAAUUGAUUUUUUUCUCUACUAAUGGCAAAAUCUAGGAUACCCAACAGUAGAAAAUUCUCUUAUAGGAUCGAGUCCCAAAAAUAAGUUUAUUUUUGAGCUAUUAUAACAGAUUGUUCGCAACAGAUAAGGUGAAUUAAUUCCCCAUUUUGAGUCAGUAUGCUUGCAAAAGUCAUAUUACUAUAUUCUGUAUGAGACAGGUCCACAUUAAUUUUCUAGAGUUUUCAACAAAAUGCUGAUUAACAGAGAAUUAGAGGAUUAAACUUAUAUCAUCUUAGACUCUAAGAUUGCUUACGAUGGACUGGAUCUUCAAAAUCAUAUUUUUGGAGACAAAUACAGCAAUGUAGUUUUCAAGGAUAAAACACACAGACUCAAUGUAAGAUUCUAGCACUUUUUAAGUGGAUCAUGGAAAGAUUAUGAUAAUGAAUUCAAAUUAUUUGGAUGGUAAAAUCAGAACAAUUGA